GCCGGCCCGUGAGGAGCUGGAGGCCUUGGAGGCGGUUUCCUCCUCGAGGCGACGGGUUUCUUGGUGGCUCUGUGCCGAUAGAUCUCUUCUCGACAAAGAUUUCACUGUUUGUCGGUCAGGGCGGCUCGGGUCGGCCGCCUCUCCGCUCGUGAAUUCCAGGGCUCCAGUCGUUGGAAUCGUUUCACAACGCCAUGGCGGCGAAGAGCGGGGCGCUUCUUUUGACUGAUGAUGCCAUCUUUCCCGUCCAAGCGGGGCUGUCCGCGAUAAGGAAUCUUGGGAGUGAAAUGGUUGUAGAAGAUGAUAACGUGGUUGUUAUUACUCAAUGCGGUACCCUGGGAGGGAAGUUGCAAAUCGAGCCGGGGUGUUUGGAUGUUGUUGUUUCGUUCUGGAAGAAAGCACCAGAACUUGAUUUAGAGCAGUGGCUCGCAGAGAUCGGUAGGGUGUUGAAACCUGGUGGGUGGAUCUUGGUACAGACACCUCUUCUUUCUACUGAACAGGAUAAGCUGAACUCCACGCUUGAGCGCAAACUACUCAUAUCGGGAUUCUUGGAAGUGCAAGCUUUAGAGUUGAAAUCUUUCUUAUCGCUCGAUGAUGUUCAAUCCAUUACUAUUAAGGGAAAGAAGGCAUCUUGGAGGGUGGGAUCAUCUUUCCCCAUUAAGAAGGCAGUAAAGACUGUGCCCAAGAUUCAAAUCGAUGAUGAAUCAGAUCUCAUUGAUGAAGAUAGCCUCUUGACUGAGGAGGAUUUGAAGAAACCACAGCUACCACCUGUAGGAGAUUGUGAAGUUGGAAGUACAAGGAAAGCUUGCAAGAACUGCACUUGUGGUCGGGCUGAGACAGAGGAGAAAGUGCAGAAGCUGGGGUUGACUGCCGAGCAGCUCGACAAUCCCCAAUCUGCGUGUGGCAACUGUGGGCUUGGGGAUGCAUUCCGGUGCGGUAGCUGCCCUUACCGAGGUCUUCCUCCAUUCAAGUUGGGUGAAAAGGUUUCCUUGUCCGGUAACUUCCUUGCGGCUGAUAUAUGAUGGUCGAGAAGAGCCAGCAUCAGAGUAGAAUGAUGUAUUUGGCCAUGAUUUAUUUUGGUUCUCACUGUUGGAUCCUUAGUUGUUUGUUCUUGCCCUGAAAGAAUCGGACCGAUAAAGAAGAAUGAUUCGGACAGACAUUGUUCUCAAUGAACUAAGAUAAUCGAAACUUUGUUCAUCAGUUUACAAUGCAUCAUGUUGGUCACUGUGUGAGUAUUUUUCCGGGACUUUUUCAUGCACAUUAAUUCUCUUAACUUGUUUAGAUAAAGAGCACCAGGAGCCCUUGAAGA